CCACUUUAUUCCAUAACAGUAGCAAGGUGUAGCCUUUAUAUUUAUUGCUCCGCGUAUAUCUAUCAGUUCUUAAAAUUUUUCUUCCCCUAAUUGUCCAUGCAAAAAUGAUUGCUGAAUCAAACAUGAGACUCACCUUCUAUUUUUGCCAUGCUUUUCUUCUUUCCCUUCUCCUUGCCCACUACACUUCUUCACAGAAAACUUGUCCAAACUGUGGCUCUAUGCAACUUCCAUAUCCUUUGAGCACACAUCCAAGUUGCGGUGAUCCCUACUACAAGCUUCGUUGUGAUCCCCACUCUCAAAGGCUUUUCUUUGACACCCUCAAUGAAAGCUCCUAUCUCAUACUCAGAAUCAUGCCUUCACUCCAACGCAUGGUGCUACAACCUUCACCUUGGUUACCAGGUUCGUGUGUUACACAAGACAUGCCAAGAAGCAAUGGUAUAUGGCUAAACCAAUCACUUCCUUUCAACAUAACUUCAUCAAACACGGUUUUUCUCUUUAACUGUUCCCCUCGCCUCUUGGUUUCUCCUCUUAACUGUUCUUCUUCUAGUAUUUGCCAUCGUUACUUGGAGAGUUCAGGCCAUGUUGACACAAAAAAAUCACUUGAGUGUGCAAGUGGUCUUCACCCUUGUUGCACCUUUCUAGCUGGUGGAAUACCUUCAGCUUACAGGAUCAGGCUUCAUGAUUCUGGUUGCAAAGCAUUCAGAAGCAUCCUUCAUUUGAACCAAGACAAGCCUCCUAAUCAGUGGGAAGAAGGCCUUGAAAUUCAAUGGGAUCCUCCACCGGAACCAGUUUGUGAGACACAAAGGGAUUGCUCUGAAGACUCCAAGUGUUCCCCUUCUGGUAGAAAUGGCAUAUUUCGAUGUCUUUGUAAUGGGGGACACAGAUGGAACCCUUUUAUGGCAACCUGUGUGAGGUAUGAGAGAAAAUCCAAAUGGGAAACCAGCUUGGUGGUCUCAAUAGGGGUUGUUGUUACUUUUUUCUCUCUUGCUGUGGUUCUCACCAUCAUCACAAAGUCUUGCAAAAUCACUACCUAUAGAGAGAAUCAGGCCAAGGAAAGGGAAAAUGGGCUGAAAUCAAGCGCUGGUGAGAAGCCUUGUAGGAUGUUUCAACUCAAAGAGGUGAAGAAAGCAACAAAUGGUUUUUCCCAGGAGAGGUUCUUAGGGAGUGGUGGAUUUGGUGAAGUUUACAAAGGUGAGUUACAAGAUGGAACUUUUGUGGCUGUGAAGAGGGCUAGAGUGGGAAGUCUGAAAAGCACUCAACAAGUGCUUAAUGAAGUUGCAAUACUCUCUCAAGUCAAUCACAAGAACCUAGUCAGGCUCUUGGGGUGCUGUGUGGAAUCUGAGCUUCCACUGAUGAUCUAUGAGUAUAUCUCAAAUGGGACCCUCUAUGACCAUCUUCAUGGAAGGUAUUGUUCCAACUUUCUAGAUUGGAAAACAAGGCUCAAGGUUGCUUUUCAAACUGCAGAAGCAUUGGCUUACUUGCAUUCUGCUGCACACACUCCAAUCUACCACAGAGAUGUUAAGUCAACAAACAUACUAUUGGAUGAUGAAUUCAAUGCCAAGGUCUCAGAUUUUGGACUCUCAAGAUUGGCUACGCCGGGACUAAGCCAUGUGUCAACAUGUGCUCAGGGAACUUUGGGGUACUUGGAUCCUGAGUACUACCGCAACUAUCAGUUAACAGAUAAAAGUGAUGUUUAUAGUUAUGGGGUUGUGUUGCUAGAGCUUUUGACAUCACAGAAAGCGAUAGACUUCAAUCGUGAUCAAGAUGAUGUCAACCUAGCAAUUCAUGUGAAUCAACAUGCCAGCAAUGGUACAAUCAUGGAAGUGAUGGAUCAAAGGCUUCUUUCCGAGGAGCCCUUGGGGGAUAAAUUGUUCACAAGCAUAAAACUCUUCUUGGAGCUUGCACUUGAAUGUCUAAGGGAGAAGAAAGGUGAAAGGCCUAAUAUGAGGGAUAUUUCUCAACGCCUGCAAUGCAUAAUUAGGAUUGAAGAACAAGAGUAAAGUAGUACACAUGAGAUGGGGUUUGUAUUUGAAUUUAAAUUAACUGUGUAAUAGUUAGCCUAAGCCUAUAGCUAGUGUUUAAUUAUUAAUGGUGAAAAACUUGAAAUCUGUAUAACUACGUAGUGGCAACGAGGACUUUGAUAGAUAGUGAUUAGUCCACUGAGAAUGGAGGAAAAGUGAUUCCAAAACUGGAUUUUAUUGGGUUGGCGAGAACUGGGUUGGAAUCAGAUGCUCUCAUUCUGUGGAAAGUAUGAACUGUUCAAAAGUAUAUGCAGUGUUGUUAGAAUCUUUGAGAAUGGUU